AUGACUGCUUAUGUGUCAAAAACCGGUGAUACAGAAUUUCAACAUUUACCGAUAUAUUUACAAUACGUUAUGCCAAAAAAAGCAUCCGUUCAAAAAUUAAGUUUAAAACCCCACGGCAAUUCUACCAAAUCAACUAGACCUUUUACAUCGACAGAUCCAGCUGUAUUAAAGGCAUUGAGACAACAAGGGACAACGAAUCGCUCUAUAAAUCCAGCAACUCAAUAUAAACAAUACAUUGCAAAUGUAUUAAGUGAACCAUCCCCUACAGUAGCAACUGUUCGGGAUAGAACACAAAUAUAUAAUACAAGACGAACAAGCACCAAUAAUGAACAAGAAUUUAUAGGUGUUAUGAGAAGAUUAGAACAAAAAUCAGGGAUUGUGGCACAUUUGUCGAUGAAACGCGGAGAAUCUCCAGUAAUAAUAUUAUCUCAAAAUCGUCAAGUACAAGAAUUAACAAGAAGUUGUUCAAGGUUAAAUGAACAUGCCCGGCCAGCAGUCUUGUUUCUUGUUCUUCAGGUAUGGACACAACGUUCAAUUUAGGAAAGUUUUUCGUAACACCAAACACCAACUACAUUUAGAAAUACAGCCAUGCAAAAUCGAAGAACAAAGAAAACACCUGUUUUUAUCGGACCAACAAUGAUACAUUACAAGAACAAUUCGGAAGCUUUUGAGGAAUUAUUAGGAUAUGUGAAACAUAAUAUACUAAAUCAGCAGUCGC